AUGAGAGCAAUAAUAAAAACAUCAUACUUUAAUUAACCAAAAUAAACUAAGCAGUCAAAAAAGACAGAUCCUUAAAAAGUAAAAAAAGGCUUAGAUAAAUUGAAUAAUUAUUAUUUGAGAAAUCUUGCGAGUGCUUAUUAACCAUUAAUGAUAAAUAUGAUUUAACAAAUGAAAAAAGAAUUUUAGAUCAUUGAAUUAGUAUUAAAUAAUUUCAAUAUAAGCUUAGUAAUAAAGUAAAUAAAAGAAAUUUAAAAGAAAUAUUUUUAGCAUGGAAAACAUAAAGUCAAUAACCUUAGCCAUAUAAAUUAUAAUUACCAUAGAGUCCUCCAAAAAAGGAUUUAAGUAGAAAGAGUGCAGGCAAAAAAUCAAUUUAAGCCAAAACCCCUAGAAAUGAAGUCAAGUUUUACACACCAGGGAGAGAAUCUUCAAAAAGUGUUAUUUCAACUAUCUCUAAAGAAGAUGAUCACAAAUCUAAUAAAAUUGCUGAUAUUUUUCGAUUAAGAAAAUAUUGGAAUAAAUUUAAGUUAUUUAUUAAUUUUUAGAAGCAUUUGGCAUUCAAAUCUAAACAUUUUAGAAAUUUUUUCAUAAUUCGAAAAUAUUUUUUUAAGUUAUAAACCAUAGUUUAAUUAAAAUAAUUAAGACUUGAUGGUAAUUAUUAAAUUUAUUUUAGAAUAUUAGAAAUCUAACAAUUUCUAUACUUUAAGAAUAUCUCUUUCAAGAUGGUAUGAAUAUAGCCAAAAGAAAAAAAGAAAUCAAUCCAUUCUAGAAAAAAUGAGUAAAAAAUAAAAAUUAUUGCUUAUGAGUAAAGGAUUAAAAGGAUUACAUUUGAAUAGUAAGUAAAAAGAAUAACUUUAAUCUACGUAAAUAUCACAUAAUUCAUAAAUCUAACAAUAAUAUUAAUAACAGAAGUUAAAACUUAUUCCAAAGAAAAAUUGA